AUGGUUAACGCCAACCGGUCUCUUUAUCGAUGGCGACAAAAGAGAUUACAUCAUAUAUUGGCAUACUUUCGUUGGGCGAAAUUACGUUGGGUGGUUUUCAGCAUUUUGUUAACGAUCUUCAUCGUACAAUUCAUUCAAAUUCGUUCAGUGACUUAUCCGAUCUUUUUUCGAAUGUUAUUUAAUAAAUAUUUUCCAGCUAACAAUGAAUUUUCCGAUGAAAUUGAAACUACUACCAUUGCUCCCGAUGUUGUCCUUGAAAUGAACGAUCGUACGCCUGCAUAUAAACUCGUUGUUAGAGCAGAUGAUCGUACAUACGUUGAUCCUGAUCGUGCACAAGCGAAACUACUGGAGGAUAUUAAAUUAUAUGAUACAUGUCAGCAUGAUCCAAAAACACUCGUCGUUCACAUUGGUCCUUACUUAGGAGAUUUUGGUCUCUACGCGGCGGCAUGUGGCUGCAUGGUAUUCAUAUUCGAACCUCAACCGAGUGCAGUUGCUCUAAUCAAUUCAUCGAUUAAGCUAAAUGAUUUUUCAACAUACCGUGUGCGUCUUUUCAAUCGCGUAGUUAACGAUUUGCCGUCGAAUUCUAGUGUACAAUAUCCGCCUGGCGAUGGAUCACCAUCUGUAUUGGAUGAUCCGGCUACGGUGUCAACAGUUCAAUUAGAUGAUAUAAACUGGCCUUCAGAGUCAAUUUUUCUUUUGAAAGUCGAUGCUGAUGGCUUCGAAAUGAAUGUCUUUCGUUCUGCAAAGAACCUAUUCGCUCAGAAACGUGUUCGCCACUUAAUUUUCAAAUACCAUCCCUGGCUAAUCGAUCGGGGUACACAAAAAGCACUGCUACCAUACGUACGGAGUGAAUUAAAAGCUAAGUUUAUCUACAAUCUCUACCGAACCGAUAAUACGAUAUACGGUCCUUUACGUCCCCGAGAUAUCCAAACAUUCUACGAUCAACACGUCAAUCAAGAUCUACCAGCAGAUAUCUAUGCUGCAUUGGAUAGCAACGCGAACCGGAAUACAAUCAAAGCACAACGAUACCAAACGAAUAAGCAUGUUUCAUUUUAG